AGUUUGACAGACAUGAGAUCUUGCUGUACGAGGAGGUGGCGAAGGUCCCGCCCUUCAAGAGGAAGACGCUGGUUCUGAUUGGAGCGCAGGGCGUUGGGAGGAGGAGGCUGAAGAACAAGAUGCUGCUGAGGGACCCCCUGCUGUUCGGCACCACCAUCCCAUACACCUCCAGGAAGCCGAAGAAGGAGGACAAGGAGAGCCGGAUGUUCGGGUUCACCAGCCGGAGCAAGAUGGAGGUCGACAUAAAGAGCGGGCGCUUCCUGGAGCACGGAGAGUACGACGGGAACCUGUACGGCAUCAAGAUGGAGUCCAUUCACGAGGUGGUGGAGGCAGGGAGGGUCUGUGUGCUGGAUGCUAACCCACAGUCCCUCAAAGUGCUCCGGACCUCAGACUUCCUCCCCUACGUGGUGUUCCUCCAGGCUCCAGACUUCGAGGUGCUGAAGGCGAUGAACCAAUCAGCUGUGGAGGCUGAGGUGGUGACGAAGACUCUGACGGACGAGGAGCUGCAAAGGACAUGUGAUGAGAGCUCGAAGCUCCAGGCGGCCUUCGAGCACUACUUCGACCUGAGCAUCGUGAACGAUAACCUGGACGAGACGUACCGCAGCGUGAAGGCGGCGCUGCAGACCGUCUCCAAGAACCCCCAGUGGGUCCCCGUCACAUGGCUGUUCUGAACACUGCUGUGUGUGUGUGUGUGUGUGUGUGUGUGUGUGUGUGUGUGUGUGUGUGUGUGUGUGUGUGUGUGUGU